GACUGAGGAUAAAGGGCAGACAGCUAGACUGACAGUGGGUAUUCAGCCUGCAGAGACCUGAGACCAGUGUAGGGAGGGCUCUACUUUGUUCCGGUGAAACACUGGGGAGUGAAAGUAGGGGCCCAGGAGGCAGGACACCCGAGUCCCUUCCCAAGAUCUCUGUUCUUAGAGUGAGCAUUUUCAGCCAUCAACAAAAGAGCCUCUUCCCUGAGGAAGGCCCCUUUGCCAGGGCUCAGCAAUGUUGCUCUGGGGAUGCCUUUUCAUCAUGCUGGAUGUCCUGCUGCAGCCUGAGUUCAGGGCAGCAUCCCUGCCUUUGCAUAUGGACUCGGUUAUCCAGAUUCUAGCACAAAUAGAACAAGAAGCCCCCAUUCUCCAUCCCACAGUCCCUGGUCUACUUUUGAUGUCUGGGAGUCCCAUCGACUUCUUCCAGCAUCAACUCCUUUCAGGGGUCCCAUCUCCAGCAGAGCUCCAGCUUGACCUUCUUGGUCCAGAACUUCGAGCACUAGCCAUCAGCUUAAUCCAGCACCGAGUGGGCUCUGGGCAAGAGCAUGGGGUAGUACUAGCACCUGAUGGCUCCACGGUGGCUGUGGAGCCCCUUCUGGCAGGGCUCCAGGUUGGGCUCCACGGUCGGAGGGCUAUGGCCAUUCCCCUGGAGUUCAGAUCUUCCCCUUCUGAAGUCAGAGAUGCUCACAAGGAAAAAGGACUAACAUUGGCCCCUCAAGUCAGCACGACCCUCCAAGAUGUUGGAGACAUUUCCCUGGACCCCACCAUCCUCCCAGAUGUCCAUGCUAACUCCCCAACCAGUGUGGAUAACCUCCUGGCUGUCACUCUGGCUAGAGCAUUAGGCAUAGCUUUCCUCCCAGGCCCUGGGACCCAUACUCCCAAAGGCCUCGGGCCUGAUGGCUGUUGGGACGAAAUCUCAGCCCCCAAGACCUUUUCCCUGUUGAGCUCUGAGUCCCCUUCUGCCCUCACUGUAGCCUUCCUCAAUGGGGCACUAGAUGGGGCCCUGCUAGGGGACUACCUGAGCAGGGGUCCCAAGCCCCACUCACCACUCAGCCACAUACUGACCCAGUACUAUGGAGCAGGGGUGGGUGGGGACCCCCAAUUUCGAAGCAACUUCCGCAGGGACAACGGGGCCAAGCUGACUUCACAGGAAGCCCUAGCCCAGCAGGUAUGGGGCUCCUUGCUCUUGAUACAAGAGUUAGAGCCCUCUCACCCCCACCUGGUAAAUCUAUCCCAAGCCCAAUUGGCUGAAGUUGCUACCCAAGCUGCCAAGGAGUUCACUGAGGCCUUCCUGGAAUGCCCAGCCAUCUUGCCCCGCUGCCGCUGGGAAGCAGCUCCUUACCGAGGGAGUCCCAGGAUGCUGAAUCUUCCUUUGGGAUUCCUCUAUGUGCACCACACCUAUGAACCCCACAAACCCUGCACCAGCUUCUCCCAGUGUGCUGCUGACAUGCGAAGCAUGCAACGCUUCCACCAGGACACCCGAGGCUGGGAUGACAUCGGCUAUAGGCUUCGGCGUCUCCAUCAUCGGCAACUACACUGCCACACUGCCCGCGGCUCACUCCUUGAAGACCGUUCGCGACACCCUCCCACGCUGCGCCCUGCGCGCGGGCCACCUUCGGCCGGACUACACCGUGCAAGGUCACCGGCAGCUAGUCCACACAGACUGCCCAGGGGACGCCCUCUACCGGCACAUCAGCACGUGGCCGCGCUUCGGGUUCGUCUGAACCGCAUUCCAGACCGCUUCUCAAUCCUUGCCCCUGACUCCACGCCUAGAACUAGCCUCAACUUUAUUUCCUGCACCCUAAUCAUGGCCCCAUUCCGGUACUUAAACCAACUCUCUAUGUCUAUCCUCUCCUCCGAUCUUCUGGUCCUAUUCACCCUCCUCCCUACCUCAGGCGGAAGUCACAGGUCCAGCCCGUGGCCGGGAGGUGAAGAAGAAAGCUUAAAGAAGAGGUACCUGUCAAUCUCCUCAACCCCCUAAAUACAGAGACUGCGAAGAGGGGAACUGUGUGCCUAAGUGUGCGAAGCAGGGUGUUCUCAGACCGCUAGCCUGGGAAUCAAAGCUUGCGUUCCAUUUCCAGCUGUCACUAAUUCUCUGUAUGACCUUGGAUGAGUCAUUUCCUUUCCUCUGGGGUCUCAGCUUCCUCGUAUGUCAAAUGAGGGUGGGGGGGCGGAGGGAGGGGCGGCGGAAUUAUGCAGGCUGUAUCUGGUGAUUUCUCAGUCCUUGAGAAGUCAGGACAUUCUAUGCUUCCUAUUCUUGGGUCCCUUCCAGCUCAAAUAUACAGUAUUCUAAGAUUCCCUCCCUGCUCUGACUUUGCUCUCUAAGGUCCCCGCAAGUGGCGACAUCCUGAGAUUAUUCCCAUUUGCAAAUACUUAAGUAUGUACAUACUUAUUCUUAAGAAGGUACUUAAGUGUCUGAAUGUGUUUCCUGGGGAGGAGGGUGAGGACACAAUGGUCCAUCGAUCUAUCAGUCAAUAAACAUUUAUUGAGUGAC